AUGGCGGAUGUCAAAGACGAACCUACGGCGACCAAGAAAGCUGGACAUGCCUCCAUAAAGUUCCCGAUGCUAACUGCGUCAAACUACACCGUCUGGUGUAUGAGGAUGAAGAUAGCACUUAAGGUUAGUGAAGUAUGGGAAACAAUUGAUCCAGGAACCAAAUAUGAAAAGAAAAACAAUAUGGCAAUAGCGUUCCUGUUUCAAUACAUACCAGAGGCGUUGAUUCUACAAGUUGGCGAUUUAGAUAUAGCAAAGGGAGUAUCGGAUGCGAUAAAGGCACGUAACCUUGGAGCUGAGAGGGUUAAAGAAGCGAGAUUGCAAACAUUAAUGGCGGAGUUUGACAGACUUAAGAUGAAAGAUGGAGAUACAAUUGAUAACUUUGUUGGGAAAUUGUCUGAGCUCCCGUCAAAAGCCGCUACAUUAGGAGAGGUGAUCGAAGAAUCAAAGAUAGUAAAGAAAUUCUUGAAAAGUCUACCGAGAAAGAAAUAUAUUCAGAUUGUUGCCUCAAUCGAACAACUUCUUGACCUCAACUCAACAAGUUUUGAGGACAUCGUUGGUAGGCUAAAGGCCUAUGAAGAGAGAAUUACUGAAGCUGAAGAAGAAGAACAUGAAGAUCAAAACAAACUUAUGUAUGCAGACUCGGGACAAGAAAGCUAUGGUGGGUACGGAAGAGGUCGAGGACGGGGCGGUCGCUCACCCUGGAGAGGAAGAGGCCGUGGCCGUCAAGGAUCAUCUUUUCAAAACUAG